GGAAAGUAAUAAAGAAGUAAAGAGAGAGAGAGAGAGAGAGGGAAGGGGAUGAGAGAGGGAGGAUGAGGGGCGGUGAGGAGCGAUCGACAGGGAUUCGAAAGAAGGGAAGCGGAGUGAGACAAUGGCUGGUCCUGGACGGCAGAGGAGAGACGGAGGUGGUGGAGGCCGGGAAGCACGCCAUCAUGAGGAGGACGGGACUCCCCGCGCGUGACCUGCGUAUAUUGGACCCUCUCUUGUCAUACCCUUCUACCCUUCUGGGUCGUGAGAGGGCCAUCGUCAUCAACUUGGAGCACAUCAAGGCCAUCAUCACCGCCCACGAGGUCCUCCUCCUCAACUCUCGCGACCCCUCCGUCACCCCCUUCCUUCAGGAGCUCCAGGCCAGGAUCCUCCGCCACCACCACCAGACUCUGGCCGAUGCCAACCCCAACCCUGACGACGCCAUCAAGAUUCUCCCCUUCGAGUUCGUAGCCCUUGAGGCCUGUCUGGAGGCCGCUUGUAGCGUCUUGGAAAACGAGGCUAAGACUUUGGAGCAGGAGGCUCAUCCGGCCUUGGACAAGCUCACCUCCAAGAUCAGUACUCUCAAUUUGGAACGCGUUCGUCAAAUUAAGAGCCGAUUAGUCGCCAUCACUGGCCGUGUUCAGAAGGUCAGGGACGAAUUGGAGCACCUGCUCGACGACGACGAUGAUAUGGCUGAGAUGUAUCUCUCUGAAAAGCUAGCUGAACAAGAUGACUUGGAGAAGGCGGAGGAUACCUCUUCUGCCGACGAUGUUGAUGAUCACAUUGACAGGACCGCUCCUGAAAUAUCGUUGGACAAUGUUGUUGGUAGGGACAGCCAUGGAACUCGCGAUAGCGCCACCUACAGCGCCGUCACCAAGCAACUUGAUGUCGAGGAGCUUGAGAUGCUCUUGGAGGCUUACUUUGUGCAGAUUGAUGGCACCUUGAACAAGCUCUCUACGCUGAGGGAGUACGUUGAUGACACAGAGGAUUACAUCAACAUCAUGCUGGAUGACAAACAGAACCAUCUCCUCCAAAUGGGAGUCAUGUUGACCACAGCAACUCUGGUAGUGAGUGCCUUUGUUGUUGUGGCCGGUAUUUUUGGCAUGAAUAUUCACAUUGAGCUAUUUGAUGACCAGAAAGCUGGGAUGACACAAUUCCUCUGGACUGUUGGUGGUAGCACUGCAGGGACCAUAUUCUUGUAUGUGGUUGCCAUUGCCUGGUGUAAGCACAAACGCUUGCUAGAGUGACCAGGCGUCAAAUAGUGUUUCAUAAACAAAUGUAAUUUAACUUGAAAAUCACCUUUUGUUCAUGUGCUAUAAAUUUUAGUAGCAGACAGUGCAGUAUCUUGUUGCUUCUUGUACUCGUAUGAUCCUUCAGCUUCAACGAUGUUGCUCAUCUUGUACAUUAUUCCGUGCCUAAAAACAUUAAUUUUAUGGACACUUGUCUUUCCAAUAACAGUUUUGUUAUUUGCACAAAAAAAA